AUGCAACGGCGACUGGCAGAGGACGUAACUCCGUACGAGCCCUGCGCCAUGCGCUACAUGGACUACUCGCCGUGCGAGGAUCCCAACCGCGCGAAGAGAUUCAUUAAAGCAAACCUCGCGCAUCGCGAACGACACUGCCCGAAGAGCUCCGAGCAGCUGAACUGCCUCAUCCCGCCGCCCGUCGGGUACAAGCGCCCGGUCCCCUGGCCGCAGAGCCGCGACGAGGCGUGGUACGUGAACGUGCCGCACAAGCAGUUGACGAUGGCGAAGGCGGACCAGAACUGGAUCCGGUACGACGAGCAGACGGAGAAGUUUUCGUUCCCUGGCGGCGGCACGAUGUUCCACAAAGGCGCGGAUCACUACCUGGAAGAGCUGGGCAAGCUCAUUCCGCUCACGGAUGGCUCCAUUCGCACGGCGCUUGACACCGGUUGCGGGGUGGGGAGCUUCGGCGCGUAUUUGCUGAGCCGCGGCGUGCUGACCAUGUCGCUGGCGCCGCGCGAUGGGCACGAGGCGCAGGUGCAGUUCGCGCUGGAGCGAGGCCUGCCCGCCAUGAUCGGCGUGCUGGCCAGCAAGCGCCUGCCUUACCCCGCGCGCUCCUUCGACCUCGCGCACUGCUCGCGCUGCCUUAUCCCGUGGUGGAACGAAGAUGGGCGCCUUCUGGCGGAGAUCGACCGCGUGCUGCGCCCCGGCGGGUUCUGGGUGCUGACGGGUCCGCCCAUCGACUGGCAGCACUACGCGCGCGGGUGGAACCGCACCAAGGAGGACCUGUCGGCGGAGCAGGACCGGCUGGAGGCGGCGGCGGCGAAGAUGUGCUGGCGCAAGUACAAGCAGGCGGGCAUGUUCGCGAUAUGGCAGAAGCCUUUGGACGGCGCGUGCCAGAAGAGCCGCGGGGACUCGAGCCCGCCCAUGUGCCCCGCGGACCAGGAUGCGGACCUGUCGUGGUACACGCCCAUGGCGACGUGUCUGACUCCUGUGCCCGCAGCAGACAGCAACGGCGUGGCGGGCGGCAGCGUGGACAAGUGGCCCGCCCGGCUCACCGCCACGCCGCCCCGCAUUGCCCUUGGUCUGCUCUCAGGCAAGCCUGGCGUUGCUCUUGCUAGCAGCGCGGCUGCCUCUACCGCGGAUGAUGUGGAGGAACGUGCAGAGGAGGAGGCGCAGGAGAGUGCGGAGGAGGUUGCAGAGGGGGCGGCGGAGGAGGAGGGGGCCAGCGGAGAUGAUACGGAGAGCAAGGAGGCGGGUGAGGAGGAAAAGGCAGGGGUUGAAGAGGAGAAGGAGGGGGGAAGUGAGGAGGAUAGCACGGAGGGUGAGGAGGAGAGCACGGGGGGAAGCGAGAAGGAGAGCAAAGAGGGAGGCGAGGAGGAGAGCAAGGAGACAAGCGAGGAGGAGGCAGAUGAGGAGAGGGCAGAGCGGGCACAAGAGGAGAGCGGUGGUGGUGCUGUGAUCAAAGAGGAGAGCAGCGAGGAAGAGGAAGGCAGUGAGGGCAAAGCUGAGGAAGGCAGUGAGGAGACAAGCGAGGAGAGAAGCGAGGGCAGUGCAGAGGGCGGUGACGAGGCAGGCGGGGAGGAAAGCAGUGAGGACGUACAGAGGCGGCGGCUGAAGGGGGAGAGUGAGGGCGGGGUUGUGGUGGAGGAUCUGACAGUGGAGGACUUUGCAGCGGACUCUGACAAGUGGAGGCAGCGCGUGCGCUGGUACAAGCGCACCCUGCUGCCGGACCUAGGGCAGGAGGGCGGGCAGUACAGAAACAUCAUGGACAUGAGCGCGGGCAUGGGCGGGUUUGCGGCCGCGCUGGGGCAUGAUCCUGUGUGGGUGAUGAAUGUGGUGGCUGUGGACAGAGGGGACGCCUUUGGCGGGGAUGCUGAAGGCUCGGAGGCACCAGCGCAUGUGUCGUUUGGCGCGGCUAACUCCCUCGGGGUUAUCUAUGACCGCGGGCUGCUGGGAACGUACCAGGACUGGUGUGAAGCGUUCUCCACGUACCCCCGCACCUAUGACCUCGUGCAUGCCAACGAGCUCUUCUCCCAGUGGACUAGCAGGCCGUGCCCAGUGGAGCAGGUGCUGCUGGAGGUGGACCGCAUCCUGCGCCCUGAGGGAGUGGUGCUCAUUCGCGAUGACCUUGCCACACUGCGCCGCAUCAAGCACAUUGCGCCGGCACUGCGCUGGGACGCACGCAUUGAGCGCCCCGGAAAGGAAGAUUCCGUGGGCAAGGACGGCGACGAGGAGGUGGUGCUUGUGUGUACCAAAAAGUAUUGGACGUCUGGUUAG